UGCAAAAACAAACAACAGUCAAAAGUUUCGUGCACAAAAGGAGAACAGGAUGCAAUAAAAACACUCAUUGUGAUUGACCAGUCGAAGGGAUCGUUAAACAUGGCACCACUCUUCGCUACCAACAAGUUGUGCUCUAUACUACUAAGAAAUAAGUGUAUCAGCAGCCCAAAGACAAGUUGUUUACAAUGGCUGCGGGUAAACACCUGCUUCAGGCAUUCCAGCUCUAAGACGAAGAGCCAAGAAACCCCUGUAGUCAAACAUCUCAGACGUUGUAUCCAAACCACUGGCCCUCUGACUGUUGCUGAUUACAUGAGAGAAGUGCUGACAAAUCCAAUCACUGGUUAUUAUAUGAGCAAAGAUGUAUUUGGUACUCAGGGAGAUUUUGUGACGUCGCCAGAGAUUAGUCAAAUGUUUGGUGAGCUCAUUGCUUUGUGGAUCAUCCAUGAAUGGACUCAAUCUUCAGGCAAGUCCUCUCCACUGCAAGUAGUUGAACUUGGUCCAGGCAGAGGGACCCUGGCUGAUGAUAUGUUACGGGUGUUCAAGCAAUUCCAGCACAUCACAGGCGACUUACUGUCACUUCAUCUCGUCGAGGUCAGCCCAAAGAUGAGUCAACUGCAAGAAGAGAAGCUGACCGGGCGACCAGGCUCACGAGAUGCAAGCUCAAAAGUAGAAGACAGUACAGAAGAGAAGGCUUAUAAGAGUGUCCAGAGUAAGACUGGGGUUCCUGUGUCGUGGUACAGGAGACUCCAAGAUGUACCCAAAGGAACGUCCUGUUUUGUUGCCCAUGAGUUCUUUGACGCAAUGCCGAUACACAAGUUCCAGAGAACCGAUAAAGGAUGGCGUGAAGUGAUGGUGGAUGUAGACGAUGAUGAAACUAGUCCUCAUCAUCUAAGAUUUGUCCUGUCACCCGCACCUACUCCAGCAUCUAUAAUUUAUCCACAGGAAACUGAAAAGAGAGAUCAAGUUGAGAUUUCUCCUGAGGGAGGAUCGAUCAUAGAAGAGAUUGCAGAGCGGAUCUUGCAGGACGGAGGAAUGAGUCUCAUUGUGGAUUAUGGUCAUGAUGGAACUAAAACAGAUACACUCAGGGGAUUCAGGAAACACCAUCUACAUGAUGUGCUCUGCGAGCCUGGCACUGCAGACUUGACGGCCGAUGUUGACUUUUCUUAUUUCCGUCACAUCGUUGAAAGCAAAGUGGCGACUCAUGGGCCAAUUACCCAAGAAGUUUUUCUGAAGGCCAUGGGCAUUGAGACUAGGCUUAAGAUGUUGUUGAAGAGUGCGACCCCUGAGCAGAGCCGAGACAUGAUAAGCGGGUACAAGAUGCUGACUGACCCAGCUCAGAUGGGAAACAGAUUCAAGUUCUUUUCCAUGAUGUCUUUGAACCGACAUACACAACACAACGGACUGCCACAAAACCCUGCUGGUUUCCCCAGUUGACCUUGACUCAUGUAUUGCUAAACACAGACUUGACAGAAGAUCAGGAUUUGAUCUCAAUCUAAACUAACUUCUUAAAGAAUGGCAACCUCAUCCCUGCUGGUUGGCAAAAGGGAACAUCACGCUGUUUUGUACCUGGGUAAUGGGUGCGUGACGCAGACGAGAUUGUGCGUCUGCUUAGUGCAUAAUUUUAUGGCGUUUGCCACCCAAAAGGGUCUGUAUGCAUGUUUCAUGAAAAGGGUCCAUUACGUAGAAGCAAUGUUAACGUAAUUAAUUGUCUCAAGUGGAGAGGUUUGAAGUUGGAAUAAAUCAGGAAAUAAAUAUAAUUUUCUUCAUAUCA